AUGGAGGUUCUCCUUAAAUGGAAGGCCAGCCUUCAUAGUAACAAUUCCCAGCUACUACUCCCUUCAUGGACGAAAUUGGCAAACGGAAGCAGCAGCCACAAUCCAUGCAAUUGGGAGGGAAUUACUUGCAAUGACGCAGCUGGUUUCAUCACCAUAAUAAACCUCGGCAGCAUGGAUUUGCAAGGUACCCUCCAUGACUUCAACUUCUCAUCCUUCCCUAAUCUGCUCUAUCUUGAUCUCAGUAGCAAUUCUCUUUUUGAUACCCUCCUUGUCACCAUUGCCAACCUUUCCCAACUCACCCACCUCUAUCUCAUCGCUAACAAUUUCAAUGGCUCAAUCCCUGCUGAUUUCGGUGCUUUGAAAAACCUUGUUGUUCUAGAUCUCGGUGCAAAUCAACUUUCUGGUUCGAUACCUUCCACCAUUGGAGGCUUGAACGAUCUUACUCAGUUGGUUCUGUACUCGAACCAAAUAAGUGGAUCAAUUCCCAUGGAGAUAGGAAACCUGACGAACAUCAAUGUCUUGAUGGUCCAAAAUAACAAUCUAAUAGGUUCUAUCCCUUCCAAUCUGGGCAACUUGAACAAUCUCACUUUUUUGUGGUUGUUCAAUAAUCUGUUAUCUGGAUCCAUUCCACCUGAAUUUGGGAGGUUGGAUUCUCUUGUUCGGCUUGAUUUGUCCAUAAACUAUUUGACAGGUUCAAUACCUGCUUCUUUUGGAAAUUUGGGGAAGCUAAACUACUUGUACCUCUAUUCAAAUUCACUCUCUGGUUCCAUUCCCAUGGAAAUUGGAAACCUGACCAAUCUCUAUGACCUACAGUUGGUGUAUAACUUUUUGACAGAUUCUAUCCCUCCAGAAAUUGGAAACUUGAGAUAUCUUGGCCGACUUUAUUUAAGUAGAAAUAAUCUCAGUGGUUCAACUCCUGCUUCUUUUGGAAACAUGAGAUCUUUUGGAAACAUGAGAUCUCUAUCUGUACUUGAUUUGUCCAAGAAUAGUCUCACUGAUCAACUUCCUACUUCUCUUGGAAAUUUGCGCAAUCUAAAAGGAAACCUAAAAAUCUCAGAAAACAAGAUUUUUGGUCGAAUACCACCUGAGCUUGGAAACUCAUCAACUCAGCUGCAAGGAAUUGAUCUUUCUUCUAAUUUCCUCCUAGGCCCAAUUCCAAGAGAAUUGGGGAAACUUAGCUCUUUGCUGAUACUAAAGUUGAACGAUAACCAACUCUCGGGCACCAUCCCUGAGGAUGUGGGAUUGUUCUCCCAACUUCAGCAACUUGACCUCUCAAUGAACAAUCUAAGAGGAUCAGUUCCAAAACAAUUAGGGAAAUGCAAGAACCUGCUUUACUUAAAUUUGAGCAAGAAUAGAUUCAACGGAAGCAUUCCAGGUGAAAUUGGUAAAUUAGUUUCCCUACCGAUCCUACUUGACCUUAGUGAUAACUUGUUCACUGGAGAGAUCCCUCGGCAGCUUGGAAGCUUGGACAAGCUAACAAUUUUGAAUCUCUCUCAUAAUAAGCUGUUUGGUUCCAUUCCAUAUACUUUCUCUCAAAUGCUCAGCUUGAUUACCAUCGAUGUAUCCUACAACGAGUUAGAGGGUCCUCUACCUGAUACUAAAGCCUUUCAAAAUACUUCAAUGGAAGCUUUCAUUCACAACAAAGAUUUGUGCGGCAAUGUCACACGUUUGCGACCUUGCAUUUCUCCAUCAACCGAAAAGCAAACCCCAAAACAGAGCCACAAAACAAUGAUUCCUAUCAUAUCUCUCAUAGCAGUAUUGUUGUUUCUUCUAUUAGCAUUCCUUGGGGGGACAUUUUUAUUUUUUGGCCAAAGAAUGAGAUGCAUAAAUGAGGAGGACCCAAUUACAAACCAACAACGAAGGGACAUGUUUACAAUAUGGAAUUAUGAUGGGAGGAUAGCAUACCAAGACAUCAUUGAAGCAACUGAACAAUUUGAUCCCAAGUAUUGCAUUGGUGUGGGAGGACAUGGAAGUGUUUAUAAAGCAGAGUUGUCAACGGGUCAAUUGGUAGCUGUUAAGAAGAUCAACUCUUCUUCAGAUGACGACGAGAUUUCUGAUCAACAAACUUUCAGAAGUGAAAUUCUUAUGAUGACGGAAGUGCGACAUCGAAAUAUCGUGAAGUUAAAUGGUUUCUGA